GCUGCUUUUUAUUGUAGGAAACUAUCUGCUUGUCUGCGUGGUUAUACUGGCAUAUGUCUGUUUGUGAUCUAGGGAUGAGAAUGAAUGAGGCGGAGAGUCAUCUUCUUGAACCUCUGGUUAAUGGCCAUGAUGAUGGUAAAUCACUGGAGAAAAAUCAUGAUAGUUUGUAUUCUAGUGCUAAUUUUUUCAGUAUGCUUAGUUUCUCUUGGGUAGGGCCUUUGCUCUCUCUUGGUAAGAGGAAAAGAUUAGACCUUGAUGACAUUCCUAAGCUUGCCAGUCAUGAUUCUGCUUGCCAUGUCUACUCUGUUUUCAGUAAUAAGCUUCAAUUAGAUUGCAGGAUUGGAAGUUUCAAACUGGUGAAGGCUUUGUGUCUGUCAGUAUGGAGAGAGGUUCUGCUCUCAAUUCUCUUUGCUCUUUGUUUCACUUGUGCUUCUUUCGUCGGACCGUACUUGCUUGAUGCUUUUGUUCGAUACCUUGAGGCACGUCAAGAAGCCACUGUCAAAGGGCAGGUUCUUGUAUUUGUGUUUCUCUUUGCGAAAAUCAUUGAAUGUCUCUCACAGAGGCAUUGGUUUUUUCAAACUCAGAAAUUUGGUAUGAAAAGCCAAGCAGCGUUGGUUGCUAUGAUUUAUAAGAAGAGCCUUACAAUAUCAACUCAAUCGAAGCAAAGUGGUGAUGCAGAGGUUGUCAACCUUAUGAGUGUUGAUGCUGAAAGGAUUGGGGACUUCAGUUGGUAUAUGAUAGACUUAAGUCUCAUUCCUUUUCAAGUUGGUUUGUCCCUGGUGAUUCUCUACAAGAGUUUGGGGCUUGCUUCACUGGUCACUUUUGCAGCCACUGUGCUGGUGAUGGUGUUGAAUUUGCCAUUUAGUAAGUCAGUGCAGGCUUUUGAAGACAAGAUAAUGGAGUGCAGGGAUAAACGAAUCAAAGCAACAUCCGAGAUAUUGAGAAAUAUGAGAAUUCUGAAGUUCUAUGGUUGGGAAAUGAGGUUCUUAUCAAAGAUUUUGGAACUGAGGAAGAAUGAAAUGAUUUGGUUGAAGAAGUACUUAUAUACAGAGGUAAUAGCAACAUUUGUGUAUUGGGGUGCUCCUAUAUUCGUCUCGGUCGCCACUUUCUCUGCUUGCUAUCUUAUGGGAAUACCACUACAAUCAGGAAAGGUUUUAUCGGCACUGGCUACUUUCAAUAUGCUUAAAGAUCCUAUCUGUAAUUUGCCUGACAUUAUAUCAUUGCUAGCCCAGACUUUAGUUUCGGUUGAUAGAAUAUCGACAUUUCUUUCACUCGAGGAGUGGCAACCUGAUAUAGUUGAGAAGUUUCCAAGAGGAUCUUCUGAUGUUGCUGUUGAGAUAUUAGAUGGUAAUUUCUCUUGGGAGCCGUCAUCUUCAAACUGCACACUGAAAGAUUUGAAUCUUCAAGUUUCUCACGGCAUGAAGGUGGCAGUUUGUGGUACUGUUGGUUCCGGAAAAUCUAGCUUGCUCUGUUGCAUGCUUGGUGAAAUAUUGAAAAAAUCUGGAACUAUAAAGUUGUGUGGAAACGUGGCUUAUGUUGCUCAAUCACCAUGGAUACAGAGUGGCACAGUUGAAAGUAAUAUAAUUUUCGGUAUGGAAAUGAGCAGAGAGAAGUAUGAGCAAAUCCUUGAAGCAUGUUCAUUGAAGAAGGAUUUAGAAAUCUUACCGCAAGGGGAUCAAACGAUCAUAGGCGAGAGAGGGAUCAACUUGAGUGGCGGACAAAAGCAAAGGUUGCAGAUAGCUCGGGCUUUAUAUCAUGAUGCAGAUAUCUAUCUGUUUGAUGACCCUUUCAGUGCUGUAGAUGCUCAUACUGGAAACCAUAUUUUUAAGGAAUGUAUACUUGAGUAUUUAGGUUCGAAAACAGUGAUAUAUGUAACUCAUCAAGUGGAGUUUCUCUCAAAUGCUGACUUGAUCCUGGUUAUGAAGGAGGGAAGGAUCGAUCAAGCCGGUAGGUACAGUGACAUCGCCAAUGUGGAGGCCGGCUUAAUGGAACUAGGAGUAGUAUCAGUGGUUAAUAGUACAAAUGGUUUUCAGCCUGAUUCUAACACAGCCAAUGAUCUGAAUUCACUACAUAUGGAAGAGUAUCAUUCUCACAGUGAGAUUGAAAGGGAAAAUAAAUUUGAUGAGCAGAAUGAUAGUCUAACCGGACAGCUAAUUCAAGAAGAGGAAAGGGAGAGUGGAAACAUUGCUUUAUCGGUCUACUGGAGAUACAUUACUGUUUUACAUAAAGGAGCUCUUGUGCCAUUUAUAUUACUAGCUUAUGUUCUCUUCCAGGUUCUUCAGAUAAGCAGCAAUUACUGGAUGGCAACUGCUGCGCCAGUGACAAAAGAUAGAAGCAAUUCAGUUGAUGGCUCUACUUUGAUACUUGUUUAUUUUCUGUUAGCUCUUGGAAGCUCUCUGUGUGUUUUAUUAAGGGUUUCACUUCUUGCAACCGCUGGAUUUAAGACUGCAAAAUUACUGUUUCAUAAAUUGCACAGAUGCAUUUUCCGUGCACCGAUGUCCUUUUUUGAUGCAACUCCAAGUGGGAGAAUUCUCAACCGGGUAUCGACUGAUCAGAGUGCAAUUGAUGAAUCUAUCCCUUCUAAUCUGGGGCUAUUUGUUUCCACAACUACAGAAUUCCUUGGAAUUGUAAUGGUUAUGUCUCAAGUUGCAUGGCAAGUUUUUGUUGUUUUUGUUCCUGUCACAGCCAUCUGUGUUUGGUAUCAGCAAUUUUACAUUGCUACUGCAAGAGAAUUAACCAGGUUAGUGGGAGUGAGAAAUGCUCCUGUCAUACAACACUUUGCUGAAACAAUAUCAGGUUUGACAACAAUUAGGAGUUUUAAUGAAGAAUCAAGAUUUUUAUUAACUAGUACCCAGCUGAUUGAUGCUUAUAUGCGACCCAAAUUUCAUAAUUUUGCUGUAAUGGAGUGGUUGUGUUUCCAUUUGGAUAUCCUAUCUUCCUUGGUAUUCGCCUUUUCUCUAGCUUUCUUAAUUCUUAUUCCUCCCGCGGCAAUCAACCCUGGUGUUGCAGGUUUAGCAGUGACAUAUGGGUUGUCUUUGAGUUCUCUGUUGGCAUUGGUUGUGUGGAAUACCUGCAAUCUUGAAAAUAAAAUUAUAUCUGUCGAACGGAUAUUUCAGUACACUCACAUUCCUAGUGAGCCUCCUCUCGUAGUUGAAGCUAACCAACCACCCCAAAAUUGGCCAAAUUGCGGGGAAGUCAUCAUCAGGGAUCUGCAGAUCGGGUACGCUCAACAUUUGCCUCUUGUUUUGAGAGGCAUAACAUGCCGAUUUCCUGGAGGAACAAAAACUGGAAUUGUAGGGAGAACAGGCAGUGGCAAAUCUACUCUUAUACAAGCGCUUUUCCGCAUUAUCGAACCAACUUCAGGUGAAGUUCUUAUAGAUGGCAUUGAUAUAUCUACUAUCGGUCUUCUUGAUUUAAGGUCCAGACUUAGCAUUAUACCACAAGACCCAACUAUGUUCGAGGGAACAAUGCGUAGCAACCUUGAUCCACUCGAAGAGUACAAUGACGAACAGAUAUGGGAGGUUCUGGACAAGUGCCAACUCGGAGAUGAAAUUCAGAGGAAAGAGAAGAAACUUGACUCUCCAGUAAAAGAAAAUGGAGAAAAUUGGAGUGUCGGUCAGAGGCAACUAGUUUGUCUAGGUAGAGUUUUACUGAGGAAAAACAAAAUCUUAGCCCUCGAUGAAGCUACAGCUUCAGUAGAUACUGCAACUGAUGUACUAAUUCAAAGAACACUAAGGAUGCAUUUUUGUGAAGCUACUGUCAUCACAAUAGCGCAUCGCAUUGCGUCGGUCCUGGACAGCGAUAACGUAUUGCUUCUUGAUAAUGGACAUGUUGCCGAAUAUGGAUCUCCAUCAACUUUGUUGCAAGAUGAAUCUUCUGAUUUUGCAAAGCUUGUCAAAGCAUAUACAUCUAGGCACUGAUUGACAGAUUCUUUCUUUUAGAUUGUGCAAUUGUUGUAGAUUUUUUAAAGAUGGAGAUGUUUAGUCUUUUAGCUUUCUCGUGAAAUAAAUGGUCAAACAUUGUAUUAGUUUUUCUUUUUCUCUCUGAAAUCUGAAUC